CGCUCCUUGCGUGGCCAUAACAGCGACGGGCCGCGCGAAAAGAGGGAUUCCCCCGGACGAUCGGCGCCUUCUCGUCUUCCCGCAAAAAAUAAAUAAUAAAACAACAAAAAAAGAGAGAAUAAAUUUAAACACCUACGCGCAGUACGUCCAGCGGAAGCAGAAUGUCGUGACACAUACUGGAGCGACUUUUUAUUUUGAUUUGUUUUGUUUCCUGAGAGCAACAUAAAUUCUUGUGAAUGAGGCAGCCUCCAAAUGACGUCGAGAUGGCUUUAGGAGGGACGCUGCUGCCAUCCAUAGCCACCUUUACCAGCCCUGCUAUCAAGACUAAAGCCAUAGGAAGUGCCAACCUAAGAUGGAAGGAGGAGCUGUCCCAUCUUAAGAGACUCAGUGUGCCAACCGGAAGCUCCGAUCCAGACCAUCCCAGCACCACCAGCACAACAAGCCCCAGCAUGUCCAAGAAAGACACUGAGCCAGACCUGGACUUAGACUAUGACUUCAUUCUGUCCAAUUCGAUGCUCCAGCAACAGCAGCAGCAGCAACAACAGCAACAGCAGGACGAGGCCAUGGUGUGUGGUUCUGCCCAAGCCUUGCAGCCCCCAUCACCGGGCUCCUUCUCCUCCUCGUACCCCUUACCAUCCCCUCAGGGUUCAGCUGGCGAGUUGCUCUACACCAUCCCGGACAUUAGCGACGUCUCGCCGUCUGGAGGUUUUGUGGCGGAGCUCAUGAGACCAGAACUGGACCCGGCGUACCUUCACCCCACCAGCCUCCAUGGCAAGUUUGUGGUCAAGACCACAGUGGACCUGGGGGAGUACAGCCUGGGGGUCAACAUCAGCAAAGCUUGUGUUAAUACAGCAGCAGAUCCGCCUCCUGCACGCACCUCGCCGCCCUUUACGUGCCACCGGAUAAAGCAGGAGAUGCCCAGUAACUGUACCGUGUCGCAGCCGAUGGACCUCCACCUAACCGGGGGUAGGCAGCGGCCAGGCCAACUGGACCUGCACGGCUUCCCCGGAAGCACGGGGCGGUCCAUGACGGGCGGCCGCUUGUCCUCGUCCUCGUCCCUCUCACCGGAACACCCUCUGAGCCGCGAACACCAGGUGUUGGGCCACCCUCACGCGCAGAUUCCUCUACCUCCCCACGGAUAUCACCACAACUCCCCGCAGGGAUACACCGCCUACCCUCAGCCGACCGCCAUGCAGCAAUACCAGGACCCCCUCAUGGUCGCCAGUGGCGACUGCAUGCCGGAAGAACCCAAGCCCAAGCGAGGGCGCCGCUCCUGGCCCAGGAAACGAGUGGCCACGCACACGUGUGACUAUGUCGGCUGCGGGAAGACCUACACGAAGAGCUCGCACCUCAAAGCGCACCACCGCACACACACAGGAGAGAAGCCUUACCACUGCGACUGGGAGGGCUGCGGCUGGAAGUUCGCCCGUUCCGACGAGCUGACGCGCCACUACAGGAAGCACACGGGCCACCGGCCUUUCCAAUGCCAGAAAUGUGACCGGGCCUUCUCCAGGUCGGACCACCUGGCCCUGCACAUGAAGAGACACUUGUGAGGACCGGAUGACGACCAAGGAAGGCUGCAGAAAGAACAUUCAGUAUACAUUCUACUAUGACUUGCCUUGGGAUACGUCAACAAGACUCGCUGUGGCGUUCACGGCUAAAACAGUGACUAUCAAGACGAGACCUGUCUGGGUUGUACAAGGGACCAAAACUGGAAGUCGUCUUAUUUAUGUGACAAAAACUUGAGGACAAUGUGCCAGAGACUCUUCCAACUGGAAUUUUGUUCUUCUUGACGUGGAAAACCUGCAUUCAGACAAAACAUCUCCAGAGGCCUUCUACCUGCAGCAACGCGCCAUUAUACAUACAACACUGUAUUAAAGCAUAUCUAUAUUUAUAUAAUCGUCACGUUUUACCUGCGACUCCAUUGAUUUCAGGUACAAUGUUAGAUAAUUUAUACCCAAUGGUGCUCAAAGGUUUUCCAAAAAAAGGUACCAAAGAUUGACAAAACGGAAGUAGUGACAAAGUGCCAUAAGAUUUUUUGCAUUCCUCCUUAAAGAAAAAAAAAAAAAAAUCAGGUUAUGACUUUCACUUUCGAGCGGUGAUGGCAAUCGAGAUGCACUGCAGUUGCAUAGUGCAAUAAUUUAUAUGGAAAAAAAAACAGUCUUCAUAUUUUUGUAAUGGAAUGAGUGACUCUGAACAAAAAAAAAAGUUUUGUUUUUGUUUUAUAGCCAAAUAAUGUAAUAUAAUCGUGAUCUUUGUACAUUUGUAGAUAAAAAUCCUUUGUUAUUGUUUUGUAUUUUACGGUAUAAUAAAAUGUAUUUCAAAUAAC